AUGUCGCGCAUUGAAAAUGAAGUGAAAAUUAAGGGUUUGGACACAUGGCUAAGUGAAAAGGAUGUAACCAUGCGAAAAUUGGCAAAUCGCGUUGGAAUUCAUCACGCGAGUGUAAAAUCCAUCAUAAACAAGUUUCGGGAACACUAUUCUUUGGAUGAACUACCAGGAAGAGGUAGAAAACCCGGAUCUUCCAACCCGAAACUGAACCAGAAAGUGGUAUCUCUAAUUAGGAAGAACAAAUCAAUGUCGAUACGUGAUUUGGCCAAGAAAGCGGGAACGAGCGUCGGAACGAUCCAACGUAUCAAGAAACGGAACAACCUGAAGACCUAUAAGAAGCAGAAAAUCUCCAAACAAAGUGCAGAACAAAAGCAUCGUGCUGCAACAAGGGCCCGGAAAUGGCGACGGUUGCUGUGA